UUUCAAAAUAACGGUCAAAAACGUUUUUUAGGCAGUCGCCAGCCGGUUAGCCAGUUACCGGGUGACGUGGCUUCUAACGUGGCAUACUUAACCGGGAAAAAUCAAUUUUUAAAAAAAAAAAUUCAAAACCUCUGUCCUCGUCAUCACGACUCUCCUCAUCUGCGAUUUAUCUGAUAAAGAACCCUAGGCCAUUUAUUUCUUAACUUCUCUUCCUCCCAGUUGUGCAGUGAGAUCAGUGAGCUCGAACGGAAAUGGCAACUUCAUCCUCAUCGACUUCCACUGCGAGAAGAGGACGGAACUUCACCCUUGAUUACGACCCGGCAGUGUUUUGCUUCUGUGGAUUGAAAGCUCCCCUUUGUGUAUCGCGACAGAGUGGGAGUAAGUUCUAUGGGUGUCAAAAAUGGAAGGUUCAUGGGUGCGGAUUUUUUUCCUGGGCGGACUCAAUGGACACGAGGGGGGUUCCUAACGUUGCAGGGAUGAAUGAAAACACUGAAGAUUUGAAAGUCAUGGUAUCUAGAGUUGGUGAACAAUUAACUGCUAUGCAAGGCCAGCUCAAUGGUGUGCGAAGGGUAGUUCAAGCUGCAGAGAAGGAUUCCAAGAUGUAUAGGAAGUUGUUUGGAUUUGGUUUGGUUGUUGUAAUUGGUUUACUGGGAAUGUUGUAUUGUAAGCUGAGUAGUAUGUAGUGAAAAGGGUAGGUGGCUUGUGUAGUACAUGUUAGUACUCGAUGUGUAAUCAAUGGUUAAGUAGGUGUGUUGUUUAUGAA